AUGGUGGAUGCCUGUGAAGAUGAACAAACAGCAUUGCUGAGGAAGUAUGUGCUGUCAAGACUGGAGGAUCUGGAGCAGUUCGCAGAUGCUGAGGACAGUGCCUUCGGCCCGCUCUCCGUGUCGCCGUUUGUGCCGUGUGCGGCUGGACGUAUUCCAUACGUCUUGCAGGCAGCUCGGCUCGGUCCGGAGGACGUCCUGUGGGACCUGGGAUGCGGCGAUGGCGUGGUACUCAUUGAGGCAGCGCGUCGCUGUGGCUGCCGUUGCGUAGGGCUGGACAUCGACGGCCCGUGCAUCGCAGCUGCACGGCAGCGUGCCAGAGAGGCCAAUGUCGAGGAGAGAUGCACGUGGCUUCGUUGUGACCUUCUGCAGCUUCCUCAGGGCACGCUCGCCGGACUUUCGGCGGAGCAGGAGUUUCAAUCCCUGCCUGCUGCGACAUGUGCGCUGGUGUUCCUCACGGCACACGGCCUCGUUAGGCUGUCGAGAUGGUUGCACGAGGAGUGGAGAGAAGGCUCAUCACGACAGCUGCGCUUGGUCACUUGCGUUGAGUCCUUGGAUUCUGCGGUUGACUUCAACGAGCCAGAUGCACUGUUUGCGGACCCAAACGAACUGGACUGGCCGGUCUGCCGCGACUUGGAGCGCUGGGGCGUCUUCGUGGUGCCACCAUUUGGACAGGAUACCGCUAGUUGGUCUUCUGGCAUCCCGCCUCUGCACCUGACGCGGAUGGAAGCCGAAGCCACCCAGGCGGCUGUGCUGCCGAUGCUUCUCACAGAGGAGCAGGUGCAUCAACUGGACACUCUGGGAUCCAAGCUGUUGGUGCAUUCUGCAGAUGGAGAUGAGGGCGAGGUCGACAUCUUCGCUCACUCGGAGGUGAGUUUCCACAAAGCUGCGGAGGCAGCCCUCCACCGACUUGGCCAGCACCGUGUGCUGUACCUGCACAGUGAGGAGGUGACUGCACAACUGAGCAACGAGGAGCGCGCCUUCCUGCAAGUGUUGGAGGAGACAAUUACCGCGCGCAUGAGGGCGGAAGAUUCCUGCCGCUGGGGGUUGCUGGGGCGACGUGCUGUCACCCUUCGAAGCAUGGAGUACCACGCCUACGAGGAUGGUGGUUCUGUGAUGGAUCCUGAACAUCGGGAUGAUGGCUCCCUGUUGACAAUUUCCGUCCUCCUUUCAAGGCGAAGCAGCUUUGAAGGCGGUAUCUUCAAUACGUUUCUGGAAGAUUCUCGAGUGGAACACUGCCUGGACAUUGGAGACGCAGUCCUGUUCGUCUCCGAGAAGCGUCACAACGUCAGCCCAGUCAUGGGUCAGCGCCAAGCCCUGGUCCUGGAGCUUUGGGACGGGCUGCGAAAUCAUCGCGGCCGGCACGAUUGA